UUCCCUCGGCGGCUGCUCUCACGCCCUGGCCCCUCUCACCGGUAAAGCCGCUUAGUAUGGAGGACUUUUGCUUCGGGCUCGCUGCUCUCCCCUGUGGGGGGGCCUUGGCUCAUGGUGCCCGGGUCCGGGGGCAGCUCCCGGUCACAGGCCCCCGCCACCCACCACUACCACCACCACUGCAGUCUCCGGCCGUAGCCGCAGCCGCCGCCGCCGCCGGCCCUGCUCGGCCGCCAUCGCUGUGAGGCGGCUGCCCGCGACAGCUCCUCCUCCGCCUGGCAAAUCUCGCGAUGGCAGCCGCACAGUUGCGGACCAGUGGCCUGCUGCUACCAAAUCUCGCGAAACUCGUUUUCCCUCCCGGGAAGUUGCCAGAACUAACUCUGGGCAGCAUGGCCUCUUUCUGGCUUCUCCAAACCCUUGCGAAAAACUUUAUUGGCAAAGCUAUCAGAGAACGGACAGUGUACCCACUGAGGCGGCCAAAGCUUAACUGGAUCAGGGCAGACAGGUUUUGAGACACAGGUAAAGGGAGGGAGACAGAGAGAAAUACUUGCAGAGCCAGCAGGUAGCUGGGCAGCUCCUUCCCAGACGGACGGACAGACGGAUGGACGCUGGGGACCCUCCACUCCUAUGGAAAGAUGACUUGACAUUGUAGAUCCCAGAACUGAGGCCCCACGAUGACAGAACAGGAGACCCUGGCCCUGCUGGAAGUGAAGAGGUCUGAUUCCCCAGAGAAGAGCUCACCCCAGGCCUUGGUUCCUAAUGGCCGGCAGCCAGAAGGGGAAGGUGGGGCCGAAUCCCCAGGAGCUGAGUCCCUCAGAGUGGGGUCUUCAACCGGGUCUCCCACAGCCAUAGAGGGGGCUGAGGAUGGUCUAGACAGCACAGUAAGCGAGGCUGCCACCUUGCCCUGGGGGACUGGCCCUCAGCCCAGUGCUCCGUUCCCGGAUCCCCCUGGUUGGCGGGAUAUUGAACCAGAGCCCCCUGAGUCAGAACCACUUACCAAGCUAGAGGAGCUGCCCGAAGACGAUGCCAACCUGCUGCCUGAGAAAGCGGCCCGUGCCUUCGUGCCUAUUGACCUACAGUGCAUCGAGCGGCGGCCCCAAGAAGACCUUAUCAUGCGCUGUGAGGCAGGCGAGGGCAAGUGCCGAACCUUCAUGCCCCCCCGGGCCACCCAGCCCGACCCCACUGAGCGCAAGUGGGCUGAGGCAGUGGUGAGGCCGCCUGGCCGUUCCUGUGGGGGCUGCGGGAGCUGUGGAGACCGUGAGUGGCUAAGGGCUGUGGCCUCCGUGGGAGCUGCACUCAUCCUCUUCCCCUGCCUACUAUACGGGGCAUAUGCCUUCCUGCCAUUUGAUGUCCCACGGCUGCCCACCAUGAGUUCCCGCCUGAUCUACACACUGCGCUGCGGGGUCUUUGCCACCUUCCCCAUUGUGCUGGGUGAGCCUGUGAGAAGAAAGGGGAGAUUGGGAAGUGGACUUGAGGAGGGCAGGGCCUGCCUGCCAUGGGGAGCAGGAGGGUUUCCCUUCACUUGGCCUGGGCCCCUCAGGGUCUCCCACCCCCUGCCAGUCUGCAUGCCCAUAUCCUCCCAGGACCACUCCACCCCACUGUGUAGAGCCUAUGCACUGCCCACAGUGAACCUGCCCCCAUCUUACUGCCUCUUGCGCCCUUACCCUGCCUAUUCUGACCCUACCCUGUGUUUCCCAACUCCACCCAGGGAUCCUGGUGUACGGGCUGAGCCUGUUAUGCUUUUCUGCCCUUCGGCCCUUUGGGGAGCCACGGCGGGAAGUGGAGAUCCACCGGCGAUAUGUGGCCCAGUCGAUCCAGCUCUUUAUCCUCUACUUCUUCAACCUGGCCGUGCUUUCUACUUACCUGCCCCAGGAGACCCUCAAACUGCUCCCUCUGCUCACUGGUCUCUUUGCCAUCUCCCGUCUGAUCUACUGGCUGACCUUCGCCGUGGGCCGCUCCUUCCGAGGCUUCGGCUACGGCCUGACGUUUCUGCCGCUGCUGUCGAUGCUGAUGUGGAACCUCUACUACAUGUUCGUGGUGGAGCCGGAGCGCAUGCUCACUGCCACCGAGAGCCGCCUGGACUACCCGGACCACGCCCGGUCGGCCUCCGACUACAGGCCCCGCCCCUGGGGCUGAGCCGCUCCGCCCUCCCACUCGGAGUAGUGGGUAGUGGCGUGGGUCUGACACGUCCUUGAACCUUGUGGCCAGUCCUGGACUUCGCCCCCAGGCCUAGGACCGCGGUGGGUGGAACCCUGAUACUACCCCAACAGGGACUCCAAUCAAUGAGAGUUCUCCCCUUGCCCGGGCUGCCCUUCACCUUUGGUGCCCGGGACAGUCAUAAGGGAUGGACUUAGUUUUCUUGCAGGAAAAAAGGUGGACAGCCGUGUUUCUUACGGAUGCUGAGGGCAUGGGGCCAGGACCAGGGGAGAGGCACAGCUCCUUCCUGAGCAGCCUCCCACCACUGCCACAAGGGCUCCCUAAUGCUGGACUCUGGUCCACUCCCCGGCUUCCCGUGAGGCAGGAGGCAGAGCCACAGCCAAGGCCCUGACCACUUCUGUGCCAGUUGUCUAAGCACAGUGCGUCAAGGACGCUGGAAAUGCCUUAAGGAUAGAGGCUGGGCAUCACAUCAAAUGGGACUGUGAUGUUUGCUGAAAACCUUCCUGGGGAUCUGGAUUCAGGACCCUCCAUGACUGGCCUUAGGGCCCCUUAGCCUCAGUUAAGACUAUUUACAGCUGGCCAGUCCAGAGGUGCUGCUCUUCUACCUAUUUAGGCCCCUGUAACUUCCCACCUUUAAACUGCCCAGAAGCCAUGCCUCUCUCACGGGAAGAGGGGAGCAGACAGGGGAAUCUGCCUCCCAAGAGCGGGUGUGUGUGGGGGUGUGUGUAUGUGUGUGUGUGCACGUGGGCGCUCACACGUGGUGGCCGGGAAGUGCCUGGAUGGUGUGGUGGCUGAUGUUAACCUAGUAUGAGUGUGUGUGUGUCACAGUAAAUUACUACUAGUCUUUGCUGGCUUUUUCUUCCUGUUUCUUCCCUAGUCUCCAGUGUCCCUUCCCUGUUUAAUUCAGAUGACAAUAGAAACUUCCUAGCUCUACCUGGUGGAGCGGAGCUGGCAGGUUCCUUGGUUCCACAGCAAGGAAAUAGAGCCUCAAACAGAAACUUGCCUUCCAAGCCCAUCUCUUAGCCCUUCCAUUCCCUGGAACCAGCCCAAGACCAGCCCAACCACACUCACACAUCAAUAAACUGGAACCCUGUGAAAAAAAAAAUAUCUAUUUUCUUGCCUUCCAGGGCAGCCAACCAGUCA